UCUCAAACGUUUAGUACAAGCCUUAGCCACAUAAAUCUGCGCAGUCAUGUGAUCGGUUACGGUGAUCUCGAUCACGGCAUGCCUAGAUCAUGAUAAAAGGACAGCAGUGACUCGUUUCAGCUCCAUUCACCACAGAUCAUGGACGCCCUCAAAGCCGUAUUCGAAGCAAAAAAAGCGGAGGGAAAUCCAGCAUUGCUGACUUUCGUCACUGCCGGAUAUCCAAGAACACAAGACACUGUGCCUAUCUUGCUGGCCAUGCAAGCUGGAGGGACAGACAUCAUCGAACUUGGUGUACCCUUCUCCGACCCCAUUGCAGAUGGCCCAGCUAUCCAAGAGACCAAUAGUGUUGCGCUUAAAAAUGAUAUUGAAUACGCCACUGUACUUGGAAUGUUGCGGGAAGCUCGAAGCAGAGGACUGACGGCCCCGGUCAUUCUUAUGGCAAUCCAAGACGCUCGUGAAGCUGGUGCAAACGGAUUUAUCAUGGUCGAUCUUCCACCUGAGGAAGCCAUCAACUUCCGUGACAAGUGCACAAAAGCAGACUUGUCGUAUGUUCCUCUCAUCGCACCAUCAACAUCUUUGCAUCGCAUCCAAUUUCUCUCGUCCAUCGCUGACUCUUUCAUAUAUGUAGUGUCGAAGAUGGGAACAACUGGCUCUUCUAUCCUAGGGAAGAUGAAUGAUGCCCUUCCGGAUAUCAUUGCUCGCAUCCGAGAAUACACGGCUGUCCCACUGGCGGUCGGCUUCGGUGUCGCAACGCGCGCUCAUUUUGACGUUGUCGCUGAUGCUGGAGCAGAUGGCGUUGUUGUUGGUAGCCGUCUCGUGACAAUUAUCAAGGAGGCACCUCUCGACUCGAUACCUCAAAACCCUUCCAAUGGUGCUUUGGAGCCACCCACAGUUGCCCUACUUCCCCCGCGUUUUGGUCAGUUCGGUGGACAGUACGUCCCAGAAGCACUCUUCGAUUGCUUAGUGGAACUCGAGGAAGCUCACAACUCAGCUGUGAAUGACCCCAAGUUCUGGGAGGAGUUUCAAAGCUAUUAUGGAUACAUGAAUCGCCCAUCAAAGUUUUACUUUGCAGAAAGUUUGACGAAGCAUGCUGGCGGCGCCCAGAUUUGGCUGAAGCGUGAGGACCUGAAUCAUACAGGUUCGCACAAAAUUAACAACGCCAUCGGGCAGAUCUUGCUUGCUCGCCGUAUAGGCAAGACACGUAUCAUCGCCGAGACCGGUGCUGGUCAACACGGUGUCGCAACUGCUACUGUGUGUGCACGAUUCAACAUGGAGUGUGUCAUCUACAUGGGUGCAGAGGAUGCUCGUCGCCAAGCCUUGAAUGUCUUCCGAAUGAAUAUGCUUGGUGCCAAAGUUAUACCCGUCGAGUCAGGUUCUCGUACUUUGAAGGAUGCCGUCAAUGAAGCCAUGCGCGACUGGGUGACAAACCUGUCCACAACACACUAUCUUGUCGGCUCCUGCAUCGGUCCACACCCAUUCCCAACGAUUGUGCGCGACUUCCAAAAGGUGAUUGGGCAAGAAAUAAAAUUACAGAUGAAAGAGGCCAAGGGGAAACUCCCGGACGUCGUUGUCGCAUGCGUCGGUGGUGGGAGCAAUGCCAUUGGAACGUUCUAUGACUUCAUUCCCGACAAGAACGUGAGGCUCGUGGGAGUGGAAGCUGGUGGUGAAGGUUUGGAUGGCGAUCGGCACAGUGCAACCCUUUCGAAAGGCCAACCAGGUGUAUUGCACGGUGUGAGAACAUAUAUCCUGCAGUCGAAGGCUGGCCAGAUAAUCGAGACACACUCGAUCAGCGCCGGUCUUGAUUACCCUGGUGUUGGCCCAGAGCAUUCCUGGCUCAAGGACUCUGGUAGAGCAGAGUAUGCUGUCGCAACUGACGAGCAGGCCCUCAGAGGUUUCCGACUUUGCACCCAGUUAGAGGGUAUCAUUCCUGCUCUUGAGUCAUCGCAUGCUAUUUGGGAAGGCGUCCGUCUUGCCAAAACACUACCAAAAGAUACCGAUCUUGUCAUUUGUCUCUCGGGGAGAGGCGACAAGGAUGUAGAACAGAUAUCGCAAUUGCUCCCUGGAAAAUGGGCUGACAAGCUUGACUGGCACAUUUAAGACAUUAGGCUUGUUGAUAGGCUCUCGCAAUGAUGGACUGUGCGCGUAUAUGAAUGAAGAACAAUAGGACAGUUAUGUGGCUUCUUCCAGCCUGAGGUCGCGGUAGAAUUACAGACGGUGUACAAACGAUGUAGUACUCAGUGUAUGUAACUAAUUGCUACUUACGGCAAGUAGUAUGACUCGACUCUGAAUCUGCAA